AUGCCGGAGCUGGAGGGCUUUCAGGAUUCAAGAUCGGGCUCGGCUGCUCGUGAUUUGAGCCCGGAUUCUGUGAUUUUCACCGUCGAGUCUUCCAACUUCAGCCUCUUCUCCUCAGCUUCAGCUAGUGUCGAGCGCUGCUCUUUUGCAUCUGAUCAAGAUUUUGCUGCCUCUCAUUUGGCAGGACAUGAAUUGUCUGAGGUAAUGAGUAGUGGCCCAGAUCCAGAUCCGAACAAACCCAUGCUUGUACCCAAGAACAGUAUUGGUCUCAGCAGAAAACAAAAAACCAAAGUUCAAAAGGUAGAUAGUAGUGAGGCUGAGACCACAGAGGAUGAGAAUACAGCCAUAGGCUCUGCAAGAAAUUCAUUCUCCCAAGCCCUUAAAGAAUGCCAGGACCGAAAAUUGAGAUCCGAGGCACACCUGAAAAAACCCGACCGAAGGAGGCCUACCUCUAUGGAUCUCAACAACACUGUAAAUAAUGUCGUAAAUAAUACCUCUUCACCAAGACUGGGACUUGUUAAAAGACAGCCCACAGCACCACCUUGCAAGAUGGGGAUAUUCCCGAGCCCGAUAACACCCAACUACCGGCAAUCGAACGUUGGGAUUCAAAAGGGCUGGAGUUCCGAGCGGGUCCCGCUGCACGCCAGUGCCAACAGGAGGAACUUAAAUACUCCGCUGCUGUCCUACAAUAACAAUGGUAGGACUCUUCCUUCGAAAUGGGAGGAUGCGGAAAGGUGGAUUUACAGUCCUGUGUUGGGUGACGGUGGUUUGAUGAGGACUGGUUUGGGUCAACAAGCUCAGAGGAAGCCCAAGUCGAAGAGCGGGCCGCUCGGGCCCCCAGGGGUGGCCUACUAUCAGAUGUUCUCUCCUGCAGGGCCCAUGCUCGAAGUUGGGGCGAAUAGUAAUGGGAAAUUUACAGUAAGCUCGCCAUUUUCAGCCAGCGUGGAGGGUGUGAGUGGGAGUUUUUCUGUGGGCAACGAGCCUUGCAUGGCUCGAUCGGUUAGCAUACAUGGAUGUUCUGAGUUGGUGGGCCAGUCCUCUUCAGCCCUACAUCAUCAUGAAGAGAAAUAUGGUGGGGCUCAAGAAGAUAAUGCGGCCAACAAUAUAUCUCGUGUUGUUUCUAGAAGGGAUAUGGCUACUCAAAUGAGUCCGGAUAGUAGCAGCCUACAGUCCUCUCAAAGGCUUUCAUCGUCUUUUUCUGAAGCUAUACUGCCAGUUGUCGAGUCACGUAACAAACCUGAAAUAAGGGAUGUUUUAGUUGACGAGCGUGUUACAAUGACUAGGUGGUCGAAAAAGAAUGGAAGGAUUAUAAAGAAUUCAGGAAGCAGAAGUAGUGAUGACUGUAAAAGGAAUGCCAUGAACUUUCGGUCUCGUGGUUGGGAAGCUAUGGGGGAGGAAUCUAAGAGUAUUUCAAAGAUCCAAAGGGAGGAAGCGAAAAUAACAGCAUGGGAAAACCUGCAGAAAGCAAAAGCCGAAGCCGCAAUAAGAAAACUCGAGAUGAAACUGGAAAAGAAGAGGUCAUCUUCUAUGGACAAAAUAAUGAACAAACUGAGGUCGGCCCAAAAGAAGGCCCAGGAAAUGAGAAGCUCCGUGCUGACCAAUCAAACUGCAGGGCCCUCAGACAGAGCAUUAUCCUUAUGGAGGACACGGCCGAUUGGCUCAUUGAGUGGAUGCUUUAGCUGUCAUGCAUUUUAA